CAUCAAAUUUCCUUACAUAUGAAAGUACUUCUCAUCGCACUUCUCAGAGCACAUAUCAUAAUGGGUUACUAUUAGAAAAAGAUAGAUUUCGAAUGGGCAGUGAAGUUAAAUCGAUAUAGUCUAGUAUUAAUUGGACUUUGGCCUAAGUCCAAACAAACAACAUGGGAAAAACGUAUGUGCAAUAUAACUUGCAGCUUACUUUACCAGUUAUUACUUGCAUCCUCAGAUUUCCAAUCUUCUGGUGGAAAAGAAAGGCAGUCUCAGCAAUAAUAAACAUGAUCGCUUACGAUUGGUUAAAGGCGAAAACACGACAGGAAGAAACAACGAUGAUCGCAAAAGCACAAAUUGCGCGCAUCAUUAUAACAUUUGCAUACAGCAUAAUGGGAGUGGGCUUGUUUGUUUUAGUUGUUUUACCGAUAUUUGGCCACUCGGUGAGAUACCUGUCUAAUAUCACUGAUCUGGAGAGACCAUUACCACUUCAGACAUAUUAUAUCUACGACACAACUAAAAGUCCACAAUAUGAACUAACAUUCACUAUUCAAAGUAUUGCCCUUGUUUUCAAUGUUAUGUGCUAUUCAGGCAUUGACAAUUUUCUUAGUCUUUCGGUAUUUCAUAUCUCCGGUCAAAUGGACAUUCUGAGAAAUCGUAUUAUGCAUUUACAUAAUGUCGCAAAUUACAGCAAGGUUUUAAAAAAUUGUGUGAUAGAACAUAUCCGGCUACUUAGAGCUAUUGAUCAUAUAGAAGAUGUAUUCAACAUAAUAUUGAUGGUAUUAUUUUUAUAUUUCGGAAUUCUUUUCGCUUUCUAUGGUUUUUGGAUAAUAAAUAUGCUCGAAAAUAAACAGCAUAUUACCGUCUUUAACGUUAUGUAUAUUGUAAUCGCCUUUGUCAAUACGUUUGGUCACAUGUGUAUUUAUUGUGCUGUUGGCGAAGUGUUAACAACUCAGGUAAAUUUGAAAUUGUUUCAUUUCAUCAGUCUCUGUAUUUUUUAUGCAUACAGG